AUGUCAACUUCAGAUUUGCGCGAACGUCUUCGUAAAUUAGCUGAGCGUACUGCUAGAGAAUUGCAGGCCUAUCAAAUGAAAAGGGAACAAAAUAACCAAAGUGCGCAGAGUGAUGGCGAUAAAGAAAACAGUUUAUUUACCGCACUGACAAAUACGCGCAUGACUCGUACAGUCCCAACCAAGCUGCUGGAAAAUAUUAAGACGCCAUCUGUUCUAGAACUUGCAAUACAAGACUCAUCACAGGAACCGAAUAUCAGUGUAGAACCUGUAGUACCGCGCAUGUCCACCGUCAGUAAUCCAAAAACCAGAAUUUCUCCUGACAUUCCUGUAGAACCCGUUAUUACAGCACCAAAAUCUCCGGAUAACGUCGAGAAAACUAAUGAUCCUGUUGUUAGAAGCAAUAGAUCAGUCAGCAGAUCAGCGGAGAAAAGCAAACAAAAACGAACUGCUAGCGCACAUGUUGAGCAAUCAACAGAUCUAAAUGAAGAUAAUGUGGCAAUAUCGUCAGUGUUACGUCGUUCAGAAUCUGCUUCCAAUUCUCGUCCUAAUCGUUAUAUUUAUGUAAACAAUCAUCCAUAUAUUGUGAUCGAUUUAUUGGGUAAAGGAGGCUCCAGUAAAGUUUAUCAAGUAUUGGACGAGAGAAAGAAGAAACUUCGUGCAGUGAAAUGUGUUGAUCUGUCGGAAGCUGAUUAUUCUUGUCGUAGUGCCUAUUUAAACGAAAUCAAAUUGCUACUUAGUUUAAAGGACACAGGAUGUGUCGUGGAGAUGUCUGACUACGAGCUUCGUGGUGAUUUCUUGUAUGUAGUGAUGGAAAAAGGUGAUACAGAUUUGGCGACCUUUCUGAAAACUCGAAGGAAUCAAAUUGAUGAUAUAUUUAUCAGAUUUUAUUGGAGUGAAAUGUUGAAAUGUGUGGGUACUAUUCAUGAAAAAGGUAUUGUACAUUCUGAUUUGAAACCCGCAAAUUUCCUUCUUGUCGGCGGAAAUCUCAAAUUGAUUGAUUUUGGAAUUGCAUCUGCCAUUCCAACAAAUAAGACGUCAGUCAUAAAAGAUACGCAGAUGGGAACGCUAUCUUAUAUGCCACCAGAAGCUAUUGCAGGUUCGAGUGCUUCAGUACAUGAUGGAAAAGAAAUUUACAAGGUUCGUAAGAAAUGUGAUGUGUGGGCUUUGGGAUGCAUAUUAUAUAAUAUAGUUUAUGGACAUACGCCAUAUCAAAUGUGGACAAACCCGAUCCAAAAGAUGCAUGCUAUUUUGAAUAAACCAGUAGUUUUUGAGAAAAUCGAAGAUGCUGAUUUAAUGGAUGUUUUGAAAAAAUGCUUAACGAGAGAUCCCGACCAGCGAGCUACCGUUGAAGAGUUGCAGAAACAUCCAUAUUUGACAAGAAAAGUUCGCAAAUGUAUGGAUGAAUCAGUAUUAUUGCAAGAUGAUAACGCUUUAAUAAAGGUGGCUGAAGAUUUACGAAAUAGUACACCGCGAACUUCAGCUCGAAAACUUCGUGAUCUUAUGCAACGACGAGCGAUCGAGACGGUAUGCAACUAUAUGCUGCAGCAAAAUCGACCUUAUAGUGCUGUUGAUGUAUGGAAUAAUCUACGACAGGAAUAUCCGAAAGCUCAGAUAAUCAAAUGCUUGGAUAUUGGAGUAGAACGGGGCAUUUUACAUGAGAAACUUAUUUCAAAACAAAAGAUCUACUUUCCUGACCAAAGUAAAAUUGAAAAGUGUAGCGAAGAGGAGCUUCAAGCAAUGAACGAAUCUAUUACUGGAAAAAAGAAUCGCUUGAAUGAACUUAACAAUGAGAUAAAGAUCGCGAAAAAUGAAUUGAAAGAAUAUGGAAGCGCUUUGAGCAUGGAAGAGAUGAUAACGCUGCAGACGACUUUGAAGGCACAGAUAAAAGAGAUGGAAGAACGUAUCAGUAGCAUGGCGACUUAUGCGGACAACGAUGUUGUAAAUGAGAAAAGAAAGUCGGAACUUGUUGCAAAACAAGAAUCUUAUAAGAGGCAAUACAAGAAACGGAAGCGAAUUGCAGAUCAGAUUGUUGAUGCAAUCUGUGAAAAUACCAACAAUUCGAAAAAGAAACUAAUGGCAAGAUAA